AAGACUAGCAAUUCUGCUCUUCACUUCACGUGAAAUGUCAGGCAUUUGUGGUGUCUGCCAUAAGGCUGUUGCUAAGAGCAAGGCAAGUUGUUUUGCAAGUCUCAAAUGAUGUUUCAUAUAAAAAAAAUGUGGCCUUUACAAAUCAGUCUUUUCUAACAAACAUAUAGGCCAAAUGUUCGACAUGUGGCAUGAGCGUACAUGACAAAUGUGUGCAAAAGAAUCAGGAGACUGCUCUUUGUUUGUUGUGCAAAGUACAAACUGAAACAACAUCAGAAGAUAAAGAAAACAAACAAGCAGAGACCGACAAACACCAAGAUGAGGAAGUGGUGGAAAGAGAGAACAUCGACAAACACCAAGAUGAGGAAGUGGUGGAAAGAGAGAACAUCGACAAACAACUACCGGUAGAUGAGGAAGCGGUGGAAAGAGAGAACACUGACAAACAACUAGAUGAAGAAGUGGUGGAAAGAGGUAACAAAGACAAACACCUAAAUGAGGAAGUGGUGGAAAGAGGUAACAAAGACAAACACCUAGAUGAGGAAGUGGUGGAAAGGGGUUAAGCAAAUAAUUAUUCUCAGGGUGUAUUCACAUCAGGAAAGUCCAAUAGUUCACUUGCUUUGGUCCGGACCAAAUACAAUGUUGAUUUUUUUGGUUUGGUACGGUUCGCUUUCACAUUGCUCUUUUUGCUAGUGAAUCAAGAUUUGUAAACAGAAAGACGCGCAGCAGUAUCAGUACAAACAUGAAAAUAAAAAGUUAUUGUACUAGCAAAAUAACUACUAAUAUCUCUUAUAAUUGCUUGUAUACCAAAAAUUUACCUUCUGUGUUUCAAAGGUUUCCAACCCCUAAUAUCUUUGGUCUUGAUGAAAAAUUAUAUCUCUAAUAUUCCAAGGAAAAUUUGUUCAUCUAAAGAAUCCCAUUUAUGUUAAGCUAAUUUUGAACAGGUUUUUUUGUAGCUCUUUGUCAUCUUUUACAGAUGGCUUCCUUGUAGAAAGUGUUCUGAAAGUGUCAGACUUUCACCAGGCAAAGAGGUAAUGCAGCACGAUUAGUGUAGGAGAAAUUGUGACAUUGCACGCUACAUUUUACAGGCUACUUUC